AUGGCGGUGGACUUUAUUGCCCCAAAUGUGAUUAAUGGAGACAUAGAGAUUAGUAUUGAAGAUACGGAUGUGGCACAGGAAUUGGAGUAUUGGGAAAAUGCUAUGAUUCUCUUUGCUCUGGGAGGUAAUCUUACGAUGAAUGCUGUGAAGAAAUUCAUGGAAAGCUCAUGGAAUUUUAUUGCCUUACCGAGUCUAUACUACAAUGAAGCCGGCUACUUUAUUGUGCGAUUUAGGAGCUAUGAGGAUAUGGAGAAAGUUACGGCUCAGGGACCUUAUUUCAUCUUUGGCAGGCCUGUUUUCCUGAAAUCGUGGUCACCGGAUUUUGAGAUUAUGGAGGAUGUGCUACGUGUGCUACCCAUUUGGAUCACUUUCCCUAAUCUUCCGCUUCAUCUUUGGGGGAAGAUUAGUAUCUCGAAGAUCUCUAGUGCUAUUGGAAAGCCCAUCACCACAGAUGAAUGCACGGCAAAAAAGUUGAGGAUUUCUUAUGCUCGGGUGCUAGUUGAGGUGGAUAUAACGCAAAAGCCCAGGGAUACCAUUUGCAUCAAGGAUCAUGUGGGGAAGAAAAUUGAGCAGAAAGUUGAAUAUGAAUGGAGGCCUCGCUAUUGUCACUCAUGUUUGAAAGUUGGCCAUGACUGCUCACAACAGAAGGCUCCUAUAAAACAGGUUCCCAAAGUGUGGAAAAUGAAAGAUAAAGCUGAAGACCCUAAGCAAGGAGAGAGUGUGGAGACACAUAACUUCAUUGCUAGCCCUAGCAAUACAGCAGUAGAAGUACCUGAUGAACAGAAGGAUGCAUCGAAUGAGGACAAUUGGACAGUGGUUACCAAGAAAGGUAAAACACCCAUGGCCACACCUAGGAAUGAUCCUGUGAUAUUCACAAACCCUUUUACCCACCUUAGGAUUGGAGAUGGUCCUAUAGGAGGGCAAAAUCCUGAUAAAUGA